AUGGCCCAAGUCGCUGAACGAUCCGUCGCCUCCACGACCGUGAAUGCCGGUGUGUAUCAUGUACUGCCCACGUCGGAAACCACAUGGAAUUCGUUGAUCAAUUUGUGGCGUUUCGAAGGAAUACGCGGCCUGUAUCGUGGUUUUCUGCCCGGACUGUUCGGAGUCAGCCACGGUGCGAUACAGUUCAUGCUAUAUGAGGAAAUGCGCAAUGCGUACAAUCAACACUACAGGGAACGAUCUGUGAAUGCAAAGUUGACGGCACUGGAGUAUUUGACGUUCGCCUCCCUGUCCAAAUUGAUGGCAGCUGUCUUGACCUAUCCGUAUCAGGUACUUCGUUCACGGUUACAGGAUCAACAUCGCAACUAUCGGGGUUUUACGCAUGUCAUUGAGGAACUAUGGAGAGGUGAAGGCUUCUUCGGUUUCUACAAAGGCCUAAUUCCCAAUCUGUUGCGUGUCACUCCCGCAUGUGCAAUCACUUUUGUCAUUUACGAGUACACCGUGGACUUUCUCCGAACAAGGGCGUGGGUUUUUGACCCACUCCCUCAGGUGGACUACCAGUGGUUCACCGAUCUGAUUAUAGCCCCGGAUAUUGGCUCUUCGUCCUCUCUCGUUGGUGGGAAACCUCCGCCGCUGGAAGGCUUGCAACACUACAAAAAUGUCAUCGAUGAAGGUAACCGGCUCCGGGAAGAUCUUCGUUCGGAACUGGCCCGGGUACGUAAAGAGGCCUCGAUCGCCCGUGCUCAAUUGAGUUCGUCCCACGCGCAAGCAUUUAUGACGGACGAUCAAUCUGUGACAAGCACCCCUCGUACACGAAACAGUUCCCGGCAAAAGCCGUACAAUCGAGGCGAUGCGUUUACACGAACAUCUAGUGAAGAUUGCAUAUCGGACACAGAGUCGAUUUCCCAGCUGCGCAGUCAAUUAGAGCGCUAUACUGAUUGGUGCAAUUCCCUUAACCAAGAGUUGAUUCAUCUGCGUGAAUCUUUACGUGAUUCCACGGAGAAAGAAUUGCAGCAAACACAAAAACUCGAGAUUUUACGGAAGAAAGUGAGUGAUCUGGUCGAACACGUAUGCGAAUUGGAAAGUCGACGAAAUAAACAAUCUUUUCAACUGGCCAAACUAGUGCUCAAUUUCCGUUGGCUUGGUGAACUGGCACAGCUGAUGAAUCUCACACUACCGGAUAAUUUUGCCACUUUAAUUGUUGAGGAUUCACAGUUCUGUGUAGAUACCAUGAACACUUUGCCUCGAAAAAAGUCGCGUUCAUCCCAGAUUUCAACCGUGAAUACCAAUGUGCCUAGCGAACAAAAGGUGGAUUCGACCAAAUGGACCGUGGACCUGGACACGUGCGUUUCGGAUAGACCAGACGUGGAUAUGGAUACUGAGUUGUCGGGCCAGGAUGGUCUGAUUGAAUCAAGAGCGCCCAGCGCCAUAUGUUCUCCGACGGCUCGGUCGGUGGAUUUCUUCUUUUCCGAUAGCGACUUAUCCAGUUCGGGUCGCACAACACCAGUCCAACUCAGUGCACAACCGUCUACUGUUUUGGAUACCCCAGUCUCUCUGACAAGCAUAUCCGAAUCACUUAGUGAAAAGAGUGUCGGAAACAAACGCAAGCGUACAUGCCUGAGUAAAUCUCCAAAUAUUGUCCAUACACAAUCACCUGCCGUGCCAGAACAAGAGACUGGUUCUUUUAAAACUCCGUUAGCGCGGCCAUCCAGAUCGAGACUUACCUCAUCGAGCGACUCUGUUGGAGAAACUCCGCUCAAGCACCAUUCGGAUGUCCACGCCCUAGGCAUGAAAACAAAUUCAGGUAAGUAUUCCAAUGCCAUAGUGGUCCGUGUAACUUUCAGUUUCAGGUCAAGUUAA